AUGAAUUAUCUUUUUUGGAACAUUCGAGGACUAGGAAAGGGUGAGAAGAUCUCGACUAUUAGGACUUUAGUGGUUAAGAAUAAAGUAUCUUUUAUGGGUCUUGUUGAAACAAAGCAUAGAAGGUCCAUUAAUAGUAGAAUAAAAAGAAUGUGGGGUAGUGGUGAUUACGACGUGUGUGAAGUUCAUGCAAGUGACAUUUAUAGUGGGGGUAUUUUCGCUAUUUGGGAUGCUGGAACAUUUUGUGCCUCAAAAAAACACUGUGGGGAAAGAUGGAUAAUAAUUAAAGGAUCUAUUAAAAUGAUCAAUUUUGAGUGCUGUGUGGGGGUGAUCUAUAGUCCAAACGAUAGGGUGGGGAGAAUUACGAUAUAUGAAGAACUCAAAAUUCUUAUCGUAUCUAUCAAUAGACUUGUCCUUCUAUUGGGGGAUUUCAAUGUGAUACUACAACCCAGCGAAAGCAUUGGUAUUUUUAGGUGUAACUUGAGUAUGAGAGACUUCUCGGAAUGGAUUCAAAGUCUAGGGUUGAUUGAUAUCCCUUUACAUGGCAUUAAAUUCACUUGGAGAAGAAAUGACUCUAAGAGCAGACUUGAUAGAGGCUUAUGCUGCAAUGUUUGGUUAUGGAAAUUUCCAAACUUGAAUUUCAAAAAGUUCCUUGAGAAUGAAUUGACUAAUCUUCCAAAUGUUUCCCUGAACAAUAAAUUGAAGGUCUUUAAAGGCCCGCUUAGAGCUUGGAGCAAAGAGAAGUUUGACCGUAUGGAUAAUAAGAUUGGAGAGCUUGAGUCAGUUAUACAUGAUCUUGAAAGAUUGAGUGAUGUAAGGGGGCUGAAUGACAUGGAGAAGGCCAGACUAAAUGCAUCUCAAAACCACCUCCAGUCUUAG